AAAUUUGUCGAUGCUUCAAAAUAGACAUAUAUAUUUAUUAAAUUUUAUUACAAAAACAAUUUGUUGUUUAAGAAUUGGUUAACAAAUAAUUAUUGAUACCGACAUGGCUGGGAAGCAAGGAAAAGAUUUGGCGUUGUCUAUGCUAAGAGUGUUACCUAGACUGUCAUUAGGGAACAUCAAAGAUAAUCCUGGUUCAAGAAAAUCACCGAAACGUGGUAGAGGUCAACAUGGAGGUGAUAAGCAUGGUGCUGGAAAUAAGGGCUCUGGCCAAAGACAGAAUUAUAUGCGUUUGGGUUACGAAACUGGAAAUACUCCAUUUUACUUAAGAUUUAGCAAAGAACCUUACUACAAGGGACAUCAUUUGAGACGAGAAUAUCCUCCGCUUUCUUUAAAAAUGCUGCAGCUGUAUAUUGACACAAAUCGACUAGAUAGCAGUAAACCAAUUGAUCUUAUAUCAUUGAUAAACACUGGUUUAUACGACAUAAAUGUGCAAUGGAAACAUGCUGGAGUUCAUUUGACAGACGAGGGCGCACAUUGCUUUGAAGCCAAAGUAAAUAUAGAGGUGCAGUGGGCCAGCGAGCCUGUAAUCGCUGCAGUUGAAAGAAAUGGCGGUGUAAUUACAACUGCUUACUAUGACCCGAACUGCCUCCAUGUUAUACGUAAUACAAAACAGUUCUUCAGCAGAGGUGACCCAAUACCACGUAGGCUUUUACCGUCGACAGAUUGCUUGGAAUAUUAUUCUAGCGCCAAUACGAGAGGGUAUUUGGCCGAUCCUGAGAAGAUUUCUCAGGAACGGUUGGUAUUGGCGCAAAAGUAUGGUUACGAGUUACCAAAAAUUGAGGAGGAUCCCAAUUACGAGAUGUUGUGCGAGCGUAAAGAUCCACGGCAGUUGUUUUAUGGUCUGGAACCAGGUUGGGUGGUCAAUCUUCAGGAUAAAGUCAUACUGAAACCGAAAGCCGAGUAUUUGAAGGAGUUUUACGCAAGUUGAGAUGGAGAUGUAUAGAAUAAUAAUGUGAAUAAAUUACAAUAAAUGAUACUUAUGAGA